AUGAACACAACUGCAUUGAAUGUGAGUGAUCUGCUCAAGGUGGCCGAUGCCAAGCUCAAGGGCGGCUCUGCUGUGCUCCCAACUAUUCCAGAGAAGGACAACUGGACCUACCAUAUCCAUCGUAACGGCCAGGCCGUGAUGGGACCCUCGCGCGUUUGCAGCGCUCUCUUAUGUGAAUUGCUCCGUGCUGGUGGCGCUCUAGGCGACCAUGAGCUCUUCUGUUCUGAGUUCACCCCUUUUGAUAUUUACAGUAUGGAUAUUUUCACUACUCCUACUCACCAACUCAAGGGGGACUACGUUAUCAACUUGACCAAACCUGAACCAUUGCGCCUCGGUCAGAAGUCAGUUACCAAUAAUAUGGCUCAGAGAUGUGGUAGUAUCAUCACCGCGAAUUCCUACUACGCCAGAGAGUCUCAUUGCUGA